AUGACUCCUGAACCGCCCCCACACCGAUAUCUCCAGGAUGAAUUCUCGUCUCAGAGCUUGCAGAGCCCUGAGGAGUUCUGGGCACGUCAAGCCGAGCAGCUGCACUGGCACACGAGACCCAACGCUACGCUCCACACGGCGCAAAAGACGCUGCCGAGCGGCGCGACGCAUCCGACCUGGAGUUGGUUCCCCGGCGGCGAGAUAUCCACAUGUUACAACUGUGUCGACCGGCACGUCGCGGCCGGACAGGGUGACCAGGUGGCCAUCUAUUACGAGAGCCCCGUUACGAAGACAAAGGAAAGGUAUACCUACAACCGACUCCUCGGCGAGGUCGAGACGCUGGCGGGAGCGCUCAGGGAGAAAGGUGUUAGGAAAGGCGAUGUCGUCAUGUUGUAUAUGCCCAUGAUUCCCGCGGCGUUGAUAGGCAUGUUGGCAGUGAACCGUCUCGGAGCCAUCCACUCCGUCGUCUUUGGAGGCUUUGCGCCAGCCGCCCUGGCUCAGCGCAUCGACGCCUGCAAACCGGUCAUCCUCCUCACGGCGUCAUGUAGCAUCGUGGGGAACAAGCCCCCCAUCGCUUACCAGCCACUGGUCGAGGAAGCGCUUGUUCUGUCUGCCCACAAACCAGAGAUGACCGUGAUCUGGCAGCGAGAGCGAUUGAUCUGGGCUACUAUUAGUAAGAAGAGUUGCCAGGUGUCAUGGCAGGAUCUUGUGGGCAGCGCCAAGGCUCGAAGGGUCAAAGCCGACUGCAUACCAGUACGAAGUGACGAGCCCAUCUACAUCAUGCACACAUCUGGCACGACCGGAGCCCCCAAGGGCGUGGUGCGCGAGGCGGGCGGCCACGCCGUGGGCUUGAACCUAUCCAUACGCUACGUCUUCGACAUCCACGGGCCAGGAGACGUGUCCUUCACGGCUUCGGACAUCGGCUGGGUCGUCGGACACUCCUACAUCCUGUACGCGCCGCUGCUCGCGGGGGCGGCGACAGUCCUCUACGAAGGCAAGCCGGUAGGGACCCCAGACGCGUCCGCGUUCUGGCGCGUGGUCGAGGAGUACAAGGUGAAUACCAUGUUCACGGCGCCCACGGCGCUCCGGGCCAUCAAGAGCGACGAUCCGGAUAACGACUCCCUGGCCAAGAUCGGCGAGUGCGGAGGCUUGCGGUCACUCAGGGCUCUAUUCCUUGCUGGCGAGCGCUCAGAGCCCACUUUGAUAUCCAUGUACCAAGAGCUCUUGGAAAAAUAUGCCGCUCCUUUGGCCACUGUUAUCGAUAACUGGUGGUCAACAGAAGCAGCAUCGCCGAUGACAGGCCGAGCGCUCGCGCCGCAUGCCGCUGGACAGGCUCGCAAUACCAGCGUACGAAACCACAAUCCACUACAGAUCAAACCCGGAAGUGCGGGGAAGCCGAUGCCAGGAUUUGAUAUUCGUGUUGUGGAUGAGCUGGGCGAAAAAGUAUCACCGGGGACGAUGGGCAAUAUUGUGUUAGGACUGCCGCUUGCGCCGACGGCGUUCCGGACACUAUGGCAAGACGAGGAAGGCUUUUAUAAGAGUUAUCUGAAGAGAUUUGACGGGAGGUUAUUGGAUACGGGAGAUGCAGGGUGGAUUGACGAUGAGGGCUACGUGCAUGUGAUGAGUCGAAACGACGAUGUGCUGAACGUUAGUGCUUAUCGACUAUCAAGUGGGGCUAUCGAGCAAGCCAUCUCGUCGCAUCCACUUGUCGUAGAAUCCUGCGUAGUCGGCAUCCCCGACAAACUGAAGGGCCAGCUUCCAUUCGCAUUCGUCAUUCUAUCCCUCACGGACUCGGUUGAGCCAGACGCAAAUAUUCUUUUCGAGAUCCGUUCGCUCGUGCGCAACCAAGUUGGCGCAUUUGCAUCGCUGGGCGGCAUGGUCUGCGGCAAAGGUAUGAUUCCCAAGACCAGAUCGGGCAAGACGCUGCGACGCGUACUACGAGAUUUAGUUCAAAAUGGUGUGCAUGGAGAAUUCAUGAAAGAUGUUGCAGUGCCAAGCACCGUAGAAGAUGCGACCGUGGUGGACGUUGCUCGGGCUAAGGUCAAGGAGUAUUUUGAGGAGAGUGGUGGUAAGCACAAGGCAACCGAGUGA